AUGAUAGCCUACCUCCAACAUACCCGCCAUUUGCUUACAACCUUCAAUGCUUAUCUCAUAAGCCAGGUGCUGCGCUCGGAGAAUAGCCAUGCCGAUGCCCUAGCUAGAUUAGCCUCAGCCAUAGAGCAGGGUAUUGGCCGUAAUAUCCACAUGGAAAUCUUGGAUCAGCCAAGCACACGGGCACCACUCAUCUGCGCCAUCAAUCACAGCCCAACAUGGAUAGACCCCAUCCUCCAAUUUUUGCAGAACCAGACGCUACCCGCUGACCCUGCUGAAGCGCGGCGUGUUCGCUAUCGCUCCGCCCGAUACCUGAUCAUUAAUGGCGCCCUGUACAAGCGCGGAUUCAGCUUACCCUACCUUCGGUGCCUGACCCCAGAGGAAGGUCACUAUGUCCUCCAGGAAAUCCACGAAGGCAUCUGUGGUAAUCAUUCAGGCGCCCGCUCACUAGCGCAUAAGGCCAUUAGGCAAGGAUACUUCUGGCCCUCACUUCACACUGAUUCCCAAGCCUUCACCCAGAAGUGCGACAAGUGUCAUCGGUUUGCCAGUAUCCCUCAACUCCCCAUUGAACCUUUAAGAGCCAUAGUCAGUCCUUGGCAAUUCGCCUAA